AUGACUUCCAAAAGACAAUACAUUCUGUAUCCAAAUAGGUCUUUGCAAAGGGAAAACGAUGCUACCAAUCUAAAUUCAAGAGGAAGGGUUAACUUUACAUCAUCAAGUUACAACUCAGAGAAUAAUAUCAUUGUUAGAAAGCCAGAAAACCGUGAACUAACUCAUAACUGGAUUCUCUCGAUGCAUAAAAACAUAGCCAAAGUUUCUGAAGUGGAAAUUUCUGUUCCUCCUAGUCUACACAAAUCCCUAUCUGAUUCUAAAGAGUCUUUGAUUAGUUCAAUCAUGGAAGAAUGUGGCAAAGUCUAUAUUCAUUUUCCAAGUAGCAAAUUGGGCCUUCAAAAUGUCAUCAUUAGAGGCCCUGCAAAAAAUGUUGAAAGGACUAGGAAGAAACUUCUACAACUUGCAGAAGACGAGCAAGCCAAGAGUUACUCCGUGGCUGUCCCUGUAAAGUCAAAAUAUCACCAUUUUCUUAUGAGUGAAAAUGGUGGAAAUCUUCAUAAAAUCUGUGAAAAGACAGGGGCACGCAUCAUUUUCCCUACCUUUAAGAACAAGGAUCAAGAGUCAGUAACCAUCAUAGGGACAGAAGAGGCUGUUAAAGAUGUGCAAAAAGAGGUAGAGGUUUUACUGAAAGAUCUGGAGAAUGUGGUGGAGGAUAGCAUACUGAUAAAUCCCAAAUUCCACAAUUACUUUAUCAUGCAAAGGGGGCAGCUUUUACGAGAAAUAAUUAAGGAAUAUGGUGGUGUGUUUAUUACCUUUUCAUAUGCAGGAAAACAGAGUACAAAAGUCACAAUAAAAGGAGCAAAAGCUUGUGUUGAAGCAGCAAAGAAACAUAUUCAGGAGAUAUUUGAUCCCUUGCGUUCCGAAGUCACAACACGGUGUGUUAUUCCCCCCAAAUUCCAUCCUUUUAUCAUGGGACCAAUAUGCUCUAGAAUUCAACAAAUUGCAAGAGAUUGUAAGGUUCAAAUCAAAUUUCCAGACUCAGAAAAACCAACUACAAACACACAUCUAGAAGUUCAGGAAAAUGGGAAAGAAAAAGGAGAAAAUAUCACUAAAGUAUCUGCUUCGACUUCUCCAAACAAAAGUGACACCAUGUCUCUUUCGGACAAAGCAGAAAAUAGCAGGGCAGCCACCCAAGCUGUGGAGUCUUUUGUUCCUGUCACCGCUAAAGUCCAAGUACCUUUUCACCUACAUCCAUAUAUCAUUGGGCACAAAGGAAGUGGGUUACGCAAGCUAAUAAAGGAAUUUGGAGUUCAUGUUCAGGUAUCACAACCCGGAGGAAAUUUUCAUAUCAUAUCUAUUAUGGGCCUUGAAGCAAAUGUAGAACAAGCCAAGAUGAAAUUGCAAAAACAAGUAAAAGCUUUACAAAUGGAAAUAGAAAACCAGACAUUAAGAAAUUUUAGGCAAACAUUCAGUUUAGAUCCCAAAUAUCAUUCCAAGAUCUUUGGUAAUAAAGGUAUACUUAUUUCCCAGAUUUGCACAGAAUAUAAUGUCACUGUUCAUUUUUCAAAUAAAAUAAGAAAUCCAAUGCAAGAUCAAAUUACCAUUUCGGGUUCUAAAGACAACAUCCUAAGAGCUCGAGAUGCAAUAAUGAAACUGCUCCGUAAGAUUGAAAAAACAGUUUCCAGAGAAAUCCCACUGAACCAUCAGGUUUGUUCCAAUAUUAUUGGAUUUGGUGGACAAUCCAUCCAUAGAAUCAUGGAAAAAUUCCAAGUAGACAUCCGUGUACCUUCAAAAGGAAUCUGUACUAAUUCUAGCAUCAUUGUGAGUGGAUCAUCCUGUAAUGUACAAGAUGCAAUUGACUAUAUCUUGGCUCUUGAGAAACAUUUCCUAUCUGUUGGAAAGAAUGAACCUCCACUGGAGCAUGUUAAGCGUGGUGAUUCUGGCUCCAUAGCUGCAAAAACACCUAAGAGUUUUAGGAAAAGAAAUGUUCUUCAUCAUGCAAAAUCCACCCCACAUUCUUCACAUGUGGACAAUUCUGAAGAUUUUCCCAAACUGAAACAUCAAGUGUCUCCUAAACCUCACCCUUGGAGACCAUAA